GCUUGCUUGCUUGCAGAAAUCCUUCAUUUUCAACUCAUUUCUGUUCAGUUGGUUGAGAUUCCUUGAUUUUAAACUUGCUUCGGUUCGGUUGAGAAGAACGUGUCCGUCGAUUACAAAUUGUAUUGUAUCUUGUUUCAAAUCUGGUUGGAUUUAUGAGAGACAUGGAAGAAGACAGCUCUCCGACUAACAGCGACAAAGAAUAUAUUUGCGAUCCUGAGAACUUCACUGUCCGUUCUUAUGAAGUGUGGAAUGAGCUCCCAAACGAAAUAAAAAUGGAUCCAAUUCUAGCCAAAUUCAAGAAAGGCUAUGAGGAGCAUAUCAGAGGAAUAAAGCCCUCAGUGGAUAUUCGUCCAAGUGUCCUACCUCAGCAAGUAAGUCGACAGAAUGAAGUGAGAGGAGAUGAUGUGAGCACUACAAACGAGGUGGUAGGUGAAUCAGACACGGCACCCCUGCUGGAGGGGCAGGAGGAUGAGGAGGAGGAGCCCAGUUCAGGGGGGGAGGUUGGACCCCCUCCUAACCCCGAUUUCCAAGUGAUUGUCACCGAUUCUAACAACACGCCUACCUCUCAGCAAAAUGUGAUCAGCUGUCCACCGUCACCCCUAUCUCAACGGACUGAUGAAAUAAUGGUAGUACCAGUACCUGAUGAAGAGAGAAUUGCUAUGUUUGAUGUUGAUGUGGAAGAUGAACUUGAUGGAAAGAGAAACAGCACACCUCUUUAUAGAUAUUCUAAGCUCACCGCUUUGGUCGUCUGCUGGAUAUUUCUUAUGGUGAUACUGACGACAAAAAGUGAGCGGAAUAUGAGUAGUUUACAUCAAAUUUCAGUUCCAGAAAGAGAGAUAAGAAGCUAUUGGUUGAUGAGACGGCCAUACAUGCAGCAGAUCAGUCUGGAAGUUGAAGGAGCGUUUUUGCCUCACUAUUAUGGUAACCUUUCCAAAAAAUGGAUGACCAUCUGGGUGGAAAUGGUGCAGACCAAGCAGAGUGCAAAUAACAGUGAUCACGACAACUUAGAUGUCUUUUACUCUCAGAGAAUAUCCCCGGAAUGGAUAAUUCCUCUGGUGUCGGAGAAAUUGAUCGAUGAUGUGCCCGAAAUGAGACAUCGAAAUCUAUUCAACAUCUACGAGUUCGAUACCGAAUUGGCUACACACAGCAUGAUACGCUUUCAAUUUAAAACAAACCUUGCAACUACAUUUCCUCUAGCAAUCAGCUACGAUCUAUCACCAAUCGAUCCUGAGGAUGGGAUUGUCUACGCAGCCUAUGUUCUGCUUGGUUUAUACAUUCUUAUUAUAUUCGAGUAUGUACAUAAGAAGUCGUCAAUUGUACUAACUACUGCCUUAGAAAUCUCAGUUUUGAGUUGAUUGAAUGAGAGGCCAACUAAAAUGGAAAUGGUGUCAUGGGUGGACGUUGAGACUCUUCUACUUCUUUUCUCCAUGAUGAUUUUGGUUGCUAUACUGGCCAAGAGUGGAGUUUUCGACUACCUUGCAGUUCUAGCUUAUAAGUUCACGAAUGGUAAAAUAUGGCCGCUAGUAAACACGUUAUGCUUCUUCACUGCAUUGAUAUCCUCUAUACUGGAUAAUGUUACCACUGUUCUUUUAAUGACUCCUGUCACAAUAAGGCUUUGUGAGGUAGUAGAGCUGAACCCUGUACCGAUUUUGAUGGCCAUGAUAAUGUACAGCAAUAUAGGAGGCGCCAUCACCCCAAUUGGAGAUCCACCCAAUGUUAUUAUAGCUAUGAAUGACGAUAUAGUGAGCGCUGGAGUAGAUUUCGGUACAUUCAUAAUUCACAUGGGAAUCGCUCUGAUUAUAGUAAUGUUCUGUGUCCACAUCCAACUCAGAUACAUGUUCCGAAACAUAUGUGAUCUAGGAUUUCCUGAGUGCCAAGAUAUACAAGAAUUGAGGCACGAAAUCAAUGUGUGGCGGAGAGCUGCUGAAUCGUUAUCCUCAUAUUCCAAAGAUGAAGAGAUUGUGCGCAUAUCGCUUGAGAAGAAAGUGCGAAUGCUCAUGAUUGAUCUGAAAGAAAAAUUGAAUAACAAGUCUGUGGCCAUAGACAAAUACACUGCUAACCUAGAGGAACUUCAGUCGAAGUACCCCAUCAGAGACGGCUGGCUACUUCUGAAAUCGGGUCUAGCUCUGUGUUUUGUGAUAACCAUGUUCUUUCUGCAUUCCCUGCCGGAUCUGAACCUAUCUCUGGGUUGGGCUGCCCUGCUAGGAGCUCUUCUCCUUCUCAUUCUAUCCGACAAGGAACACAUUGAGAGUGUCUUCGCGAGAGUGGAAUGGAGUACACUGAUAUUUUUCGGAGCUCUUUUCAUACUGAUGGAGGCUCUUGCUAGACUGGGACUCAUCGACUGGAUCGGCCACCAAACAGAGUGGGUGAUCUUGCAAGUAAAUCCGGAAUAUCGGUUGGCUGUAGCUCUGCUGCUGAUACUGUGGGUGUCGGGCAUCGCGUCAGCAUUCGUGGAUAACAUUCCUCUCACCACCAUGAUGGUCAAGAUAAUCAGUAGACUCAGUCAGAAGGAAGAGUUGCACCUGCCUCUGCAGCCGCUGGUUUGGGCGCUUGCUCUCGGAGCUUGUCUUGGUGGAAAUGGAACCCUCAUUGGAGCCUCUGCAAAUGUUGUAUGUGCUGGUGUAGCCGAACAGCACGGGUAUCGAUUCAGUUUCAUGCAGUUUCUAAAACUUGGAUUUCCUGUCACACUGAUGAGUAUUUCUGUUACUUCCAUCUACUUGAUGAUCGUCCACGUAUGGCUGGGCUGGAAUGGCUGAAGUUUCUUAUUUGUACAAAACUUUUCAACUUGGAAGUUUAUAUAUUUCAACUGAAAGUCUUUAGUUGACGUCUUCAGUCUUCAGUUUAUAUAUUUCAACGUUUUAAACGGAUUCUAUUAGAGUCUUAAACAAUGGCUAUUAAGUCAAUAAUCUCUAGGUGUGAUCUCUCUAUCACCUAGAAGACAAUAGCUUACAUAGAAUAUCAAGUCUAACUUUAUCAGUCAUCGUUGUAUGAAUCGAUAGAAAAUAAUCGAAUUCAGGUAUUUACCUCAAAUAUAAAUCGAUUAAUCAAUGGGUUUGAUUUGAGUGGCUGUAGUUGUUAAACUAUGAAUUCAUUCAUUUGAAAUACUAUACAGUUGUUUAAAUACUGGAGCUGUUGAUCUAAAUGGUUGUAAUUGUCGAACUAUGAAUCCAUGAUAUAUUUGUAUAAAUGUCUAAAUGGAUGUAGUUUAUAAACUAUAUGUCUUCAUUUGUGUAAACGACUAUAUAUAGUUUUAAAAGUGCUUAAGCUGUUUUAACUACAGCAAUAUUCUAAUAUUUCGAUUAUCAAUUCAAAAUUGAUAUUUUAUGUAUUUUGAAUAUUUGUUAUUAGAGCUAUCAGUUUUAUCUGUUUAUAUUGUUGUGGAAUUUUAAAUAAAUUAUAUAUUUUUUACUGUAUAAAAA